AUUGAGGACAGGAGGGAUGAGAGAGAGCGAGAGAGAGAAAGUUAAGAAUUAAUAAUAAUUUAUUAAAGUACAUGCGUGCCUGUGGGUGCGUGUGCCUGUGCCUGUGGGUGCGUGUGCCUGUGGGUGUGCCUGUGGGUGCGUGUGUGUGAACCUGACUCAGCAGUAUAGCAUCUGCUCUAAUUAGUUCUCCAGUUGAGAGGCUAUGAUAUACUAAUGACCAGACAUAGUGAUUAGGGUCGGCAUCAGGAACAUAGAGAUAUAAUAAUUAGCAAAUCAUUCUAAAACAUUUGGAAAUAUUUAACUUAUCAAUUACAAACCCUCCCCUGGACUGAAAUGAAAACACUAAACCCUCCCCUGGACUGAAAUAAAAACACUAAACGCUCCCCUAGACUGAAAUGAAAACACGAAACCCUCCCCUAGACUGAAAUGAAAACACGAAACCCUCCCCUAGACUGAAAUAAAAACACAAAACCCUCCCCUAGACUGAAAUAAUGUUUAAACCAUGUCACUCCCCAAUAUUCCUCCAUGUAGGCCUACCUUGUUCUGUAAAUUAAAAAUGGUCCUUAAGGCAGGUUUUGUGCACAGGUUUUAACUCCAUAUUAGCAGAGCAAAACAAGAACAUUUAAAAUGCUUGUUUUGUUUGAGUUCAGGGCGUGGCGGCUCGCCUGCACAUGGUUUGGGUAUGAUUUUAAAUGACUUUUCUGGAGAAUAAAGUAAUUUUUUUCCUAAAACAAUUUUUUUUGGAAUCAUACCACUGCAAUCCCCAAGUGAACCCAAGAUUAGCUAUGUGAUUAGUGAUAACACAUUCUUAGAAAAGUGGGAUGACUGGCAGUUGAGGGGAAAACAACAUUAAUAAUAAUAAAUGUGCACUGAAUAGAGGAUCCAAGGGUACCGUUUUAACAGAACAGGAUCUUUUAGAACUCUCCAUUGAUCAUAUGUGGUAGGAAAGGAAAAAUAUCAAACACACAGGGAUGGAUCUCAUAAAGAUAUGUGUUAGGUUGUGUUAACACAGCAGGAUUAUUUUAAACUUUAGUCAUUACAUUUGACAUUUUAGUCAUUCAGCAGACACUCUUAUCCAGAGUGACUUACAGUUUGUGCAUUCAUCUAAAGAUUCACAGUAAGUACACGUUUCCACUCCUUCAAGACAGUUGGAAAAGCAUUCCAGGUGAAGCUGGUUGAGAGAAUGCCAAGAGUGUGCAAAGCUGUCAUCAAGGCAAAGGGUGGCUACUUUGAAGAAUUUAAAAUCCCAAAUAUAUUUUGAUUUGUUUUAACACUUUUUUGGUUACUACAUGAUUCCAUAUGUGUUAUUUCAUAGGUUUGAUUAUUCUACAAUGUAGAAAAAAGUAAAAAUAAAGAAAAACACUGGAAUGAGUGUGUCCAAACCUUUGACUGGUACUGUAAAAAAGUGUGUACCUCAAACACCUUGUACCCCUGCACAUUGAUAUAGUACUGGUACUCUCUAUAAAUAGCUUUAUUCUUGUGUAUUUUAUUUCUCGUGUUAUUUUAAUUGUUUAGUUGGGAAGGGCUCGUAAGUAAGCAUUUCACGGUAAGGUUGUUAAUUUGCCGCAUGUGACAAAUAAAAUGUAAUUUGAUGAGGGAUCCAUUUAGGAUUUGUCAUCGUUACCCCUACCUCCUUGGAACAUGCAUAAAUCUGACUAUGAGUGAUCCCUGUCAGAUCCACAUUAUGACCUAAAGUGAAGAACAUUACAAAAUAUUACAUUUUCCCUCUAAUUUAUUGAAAGUGCUUCAGCAGUAACCUAUGUACCUAGGGCCUGCUUCAUACAGCAUCUGCAUACCAAACGGCACCCUAUUCCCUUGAUAGUGCUCUACUUUUGACCAGGACCCAUGUAGAUCACCAAAUAGGGAAAAGGGUGGCCCCUGCUAAAGCACUCAUUUAUCCAGCUGUAUUUCUCGCAGGACAGGAAGUUAGCGGGCUAACCCAUACUGUGUGGCUAAUUAGCGUUGGAGGCUUACACACACUGAGAAUCAAACACAGAAUUUAGCAGCUGUCGCUAACACUGCGAGGGGUCACAGAGGACUACGAGAACUAUGUAUACAAUGUUCAGUUGAGGGGUAGCUAGCAGUGGUUCUGGUUCGAUACUUCUGCAGGUGCUAACUACUAAUCCCUCACUAGGCUCUGUGUGAGUACAAUGCAGACCAAUAGAUUUUAAAGUCCGUGCCGUGCUCCAGGAUGCAACCCCACUCAGUCCUACACGCCAAACCCACAGGCGUCCAAUAGAAAUGCAAGAUAAAUUGUCCGGUCAACAGUCCAUUCAACACAUCCCAAACACUUCACCUUGGUGUGAGACUGGGAUCAGGGCUCUCUGACAUCUGCAAGAGGAUAAAUACACAUUGCACAAAGGAAAGGAUGCGAGAAAUCGUUUACAUUCAAGCUGGCCAGUGUGGCAACCAGAUCGGCGCAAAGUUCUGGGAGGUGAUUAGUGAGGAGCAUGGAAUCAACUGCACUGGGGACUAUGUGGGCGACUCAGACCUUCAGCUGGACAAGAUCAGUGUCUACUUCAAUGAAUCCUCGUUCUCCAAGUAUGUCCCCAGAGCCAUCCUAGUGGACCUGGAGCCAGGAACAAUGGAUAGUGUGCGCUGCGGACACAUAGGACACCUCUUUAAACCGGACAAUUUCAUCUUCGGUCAGAGUGGAGCUGGUAACAACUGGGCUAAGGGCCACUACACAGAGGGAGCAGAGCUAGUGGAAGCAGUGAUGGACGUGGUGAGGAAGGAGGCAGAUAACUGUGACUGUCUCCAGGGCUUCCAGCUUACCCACUCCCUGGGCGGGGGCACAGGCUCUGGCAUGGGGACCCUACUCAUCAACAAGAUCCAGGAGGAGUACCCCGACCGUAUGAUGGCCACCUUCAGCGUGGUCCCCUCCCCUAAGGUGUCGGACACGGUGGUGGAGCCCUACAACGCCACCCUCUCUGUUCACCAGCUUCUAGAGAACACAGACGAAACUUUCUGCAUCGACAAUGAGGCGAUCUACGACAUCUGCUUCCGCAAGCUCAAGCUCCCCACACCCACCUACGGAGACCUCAACCACUUGGUGUCGGUCACCAUGAGCGGGGUGACCACAUGCCUUCGCUUCCCAGGCCAGCUCAACGCCGACCUCCGCAAGCUGGCCGUCAACAUGGUACCCUUCCCCCGCCUGCACUUCUUCAUACUGGGCUUCGCCCCGCUCACUAACAGGGGGGGCCUGCAGUACCGUGCCCUCACCGUGCCUGAACUCACCCAGCAGGCGUUCGACGCCAAGAACAUGAUGGCAGCCUGCGACCCGCGUAACGGGCGCUACCUCACUGCGGCGAUGGUGUUCCGGGGUCACAUGUCUAUGAGGGAGGUGGACGAGCAGAUGCUGGCCAUUCAGAACAAGAACAGCAGCUACUUUGUGGACUGGAUCCCCAACAACAUUAAGACAGCGGUCUGUAAUAUCCCACCCCCUGGACUCAAGCUGUCCGCCACCUUCAUAGGUAACAAUACAGCCAUCCAGGAGCUGUUCAAGCGUCUCUCUGAGCAGUUCACCGCUAUGUUCCGUCGCAAGGCCUUCCUGCACUGGUACACGGGAGAGGGAAUGGACGAGAUGGAGUUCACUGAGGCCGAGAGCAACAUGAAUGACCUGGUGUCUGAGUACCAGCAGUACCAGGAUGCCACCACUGAGGAGGAGGUGUUUGAGGAUGAAGAGGAAGAAAAAGGAAUAGCCUAAAUGUAACUUUCUUAAACCAUCAAAUAAUGGGCCGUACCAACACCAACAAAAUCGUAAUGAUGGUGCAAAUGCAUCCAAUGACAUUUUUCCUGAUUUUUUGUUGUUGCUUUGUCUGAGUGUCUAUAGCAGUUAGCCCAAGCAGGGUCCCAAAAUGCCUUGUCGUCUCAGAAAUGGAUAGUGACUUCAAGUAGCACUUAUUAUGUAUAUAACCCAUAUUGAAGCCACUUUGUAAUUAACUUCUUCUCCUGAAUGCAUUAUGUGUUACGUAAUAUUUAUAUUAUUAAAGUUAAGAUUUUUUUACUGCACAAUGUUUGGAAUUCUAUUUCUAUGGUUGGUGGGAGUCAAAGUUCACCUUUAUAAUAAAUGAUUGCAUGCAUCUAUCAUCGCAUUUACAGAGGAACAAUAAAAUAACAUUCCUAAUGUCAUAAGGAGGUCUAGGCUACAGGUAUGCACUAUGCUAUUUUAGACAUAUGUGAAGCAGCUCGCUUGCCAGCCAUGGUCCCAGCAAUUUGAAGAAAUAUUUUUGAAUUUUGCGCGCUGACUUUUCAGCGGAAUGAUGUCGAGGGGUUCCGCCUGCCCUAGAAAGGUUAAUACAAUUAGUUGACCUAGGCUACAGCAUACAAAGCAGAAAGAAUACAAUUUCCAAAUAAUCAGCUGGACAAAAAUGGUUGUCUGUCUGAGCGACCUGCUCCGCCCGCAGCAUGAAACAUGUGGCCACGCCGCAAUGAUCUCUGUCGGGAAGCGCAGGCUCUCUAGCCUACAUUCGGUAAUAGUAGUCCUAGUCACUGCAGCCUAAUAUGUUAAUUUAACUCACGACUUAAAAGUUCAUCGAACUCACAAAUUUAAAAAGACCAUUCUGAAUAGAGGCACAUUCGGGGCUUUUCUAAACACAUUACAUGGAGACAAGUAGAAUAUUUUUUAAUACCACAAAAAUUAACAAAAUGACACAGACAAACUUAGAUAAUUAUAAACAAUCUUGUCUUGAGUGUAACCAAUAGCCUAGGCCUACGGAAAGAGGGGAGACAAACAGAUUGUACCAUAUGACAUCCAUCGAGCCUGGUGGAGAAAAUGAUAGUCCUAAAAAAAAAAAACUUUCCAGAGGCACAGACUCAAUGAUAAAGAGUGUGACGGCUGGGCUUAGUCUCGGAAACCCGACCAACAGGUAACCGCAGUGCCCAGGGUCAUGAUCCCACCCAGACUGUCUUGGUAAAUUCUAAAUGGGAAAAACUAAAUGUUCCCGGGGAGGGUCCUUUUCAGACAGACAACUAUCCCAACAAAUGGCCUGUAGGCAGACAUGCCAGAACAUUCAAAUUCAAAACGAAAGUGGCUUUCAGAUGUAUAUUUUUAGGCCACCUGUGGAGUAAAUGUCAUUCCGGUUCAUCUGCUCUGUCGUAUUGUCAUCACAUGUUAAGGUUGAACACUGAGUUCCUCAAAAGCCUGUGCAAAACAAACUAAGUUGGAAUAGUUACCACUUUAUUACUAUAUGUAAUCAGUAAUGUUAGUAUUAUUAAUAUUAUAUUGGAAUAUGUAAUAUGCGUACAUAUUUAAGGAAGGUUUUAAUUUGCAGUGUACAAACUUAAACAUGAUGAACAGAAAUGACAUUUACUCUAACGGGUGGCCAAAAAUACAUAUAUGAAAGCCACACCUCCAAUCUUCUGAUAGGCUGCCACCUCUACAAGAUAUUAUUAAAAAGGUAAAAAUAAUACUUUCACAAGAGGGAUUCAUCAAAGACCGUUUUCAGAGGGGUUCCUCAAGGAACCUUUUUGAACUGGAAAUGUUCCCCCAGUGUGGUAAUUCUUUCAGGAUCAGUUUAGCCUUUUGUUCACAACUAAUAACAUCACAUGGACAGGGGGAAUCUGUUGCUAGAUCAACAUUCCUAUCCUGAUUCAUGGAAAGAGAAGACUUGUGGACAAGAAAUAUCUGAUUUCUUCACCCCGUGAAGGUACUAGCAGCUAGUAUAUUUUGUUUAAGUUGUAUUAAGAAGAUUAUUAUCUGCAACUGUGGCUGAGCACUCACACACUUAAUUAUCAACAAUAACUGUACACUCAUAGAAAACAUUUCUGGGCUGUCCCAUAAAAGAACCCUUAUUUGUACCUGGUACAAUCCUUUUGGUUUUCAUGUACAGUUGCUUGGAAAAGUAUUCACCCCCCUUUGCAUUUUUCCUAUUUUGUUGCCUUACAACCUGGAAUUAAAAUAGAUUUUUUGGGGGGGUUGGUAUCAUUUGAGGUACACAACAUGCCUACCACUUUGAAGAUGCAAAAUACUUUUUAUUGUGAAACAAACAAGAAAUUAUA